AGCUCCAUAGCAGCUGGGUCCAAGAUGGCGGCAGCCGAGGAAGCGGCAGCGAUGCGGGCUGAUGGAGGCACAAAGCCGCUGUUUGCAGGCCUUGCAGAUGUGUCAAUAUCGGAAGAUAUUCCAGUAGAAGGAGAAAUCACAGUUCCUGUGGGAUCUCGUUCCCCAGAUGAAGACAACUCCACCCUGGAUGAGCCGGUUAAGGACACAAUUAUGCGGGACCUGAAAGCAGUUGGGAAGAAAUUCGUCCAUGUCAUGUAUCCCAAAAAGAGCAGUGCCCUCCUGAGAGACUGGGAUUUAUGGGGUCCUCUAGUCCUGUGUGUUUUACUUGCCCUAAUGCUUCAGGGAGGAGCAGCAAAUAGCACGGAAGACAGAGGUCCCCAGUUUGCAGAGGUCUUUGUCAUCAUUUGGUUUGGAGCCGUUGUCAUCACACUGAAUUCCAAGCUGCUUGGAGGGACCAUAUCCUUUUUUCAGAGCCUCUGUGUCCUGGGUUACUGCAUCCUCCCCUUGACGGUGGCUCUCCUGGUCUGCAGGCUUGUCCUGCUAGCAAGCUCUGAUACUCCUGGCUUCAUUGUGCGUCUCUUAGUCGUGGUGGCCAUGUUUGCCUGGUCGACGCUAGCAUCCACCGCUUUCCUGGCAGACAGCCAGCCCCCAAAUCGCAAAGCCCUCGCAGUCUACCCCAUCUUCCUCUUCUAUUUCGUCAUCAGCUGGAUGAUCCUCACCUUUGCCCCAUAGUGACACAAAAUCAGUGGAGACCUCAAGGAUGAAUGAAGGUGGCUUCUGUCUCUGUUAAGCCUCUCAGUUGCUGGCUUUCCCCAACAUUGCCCUCUAAUUUAUCUACCUGUAUUUAUGCUGUGUGUUGGACAAAGGCAGGACUGGUCCCCAGGAGUGUGCUGAAGGUCCCUUUUGUGUUUCUGAUUCCUCUGAGAAUGCAACUGAUGUCUGUCUGCUCUUGUAAAUACUGUACCCACGAGGGGGCAGUGUUGCCCUUCCUGAAGAAUACUGCUGAUGCAUAAGAAAGUAGAAAUCCUGUCUUGAUCCAUCAAAGCUGUUGAUAAAGGCAGAUAGCAAAAUAUACCCAACCUUAACCAGCUUAUCAGAACACUUGGCGCUUUGUCUUCUGUACAUCAGGACAUUUUCAAAUGUGUGUUAUCUGUUGAUGGGAGAAUGCUCGGAGAAUGUGCCCUUGAAGUUAUACAAAGUGAUGCAAUAGUUUAUGCCAACCAUGACACACCUUGUUGCCUCCAGAGACUAUAGGACUACAACUCCCAUCAUCCCCUACCGGCACAGGCAUGCUCACCAGGACUGAUGGAUAUUGUAGUCCAGCAACAUCUGGAGGAUGUUAGUUUAGCAAAGGCUUAUUUUUGUGGUCUUUAGCAUGUCCACGAUAGAUUUGCUGCCGCCGCCCCUAAUUCUUUGUGGAGAUGUGAUGCAAGGUUAGUGGUUCCUUCCGUACAGGGAAUUAUCUCUCUUGAAAUGCAAAUGUAUUUUGGAGUGACUUCUGAAAAGAAUGCUUGAGUUAUGCUGUCUAUAGGUUACAUUGUGUUGUGAGUACCUUGUGUUACUUGCAACUUAUUGGGCAGAUUAUACUUUUUCUAACUGCAAAAGAAAACCCACUAUUGCCCUUCCAACAGAACUCAAAUUAACUGUUACAAAUCUUGUGGACAAAGGAAAGAAAAAAUAAGCAAAUAAUCUCAGUAUGAUUCCCCCUCCCUCCCUCCCUCCCUCCCUCCCUCCCUCCC